GCCAGGAAGAAAGGGAAUUUACUGCAAGGCAGUUAUACCAUCAAAAUUACACCGACCUAGUACCUGUUACCACAGACAAGGCAGAUGCGUGCUGAAAUAACUGGAGCGUUGUGAGGCAAAGCACUGCUUGAGAUGUCCUAAACUGUAUGAAAAACAAAUACAUCACUGAAAAAGCUGGACCACAGUGAACUAAUAGGUUCUUUCUGCAACAGCAACAUUCACGCAGUUGACUUAUCUGGUGAAUAACACAUUGCAUAUUACUUUGGUUUUAUACGGAUGCGGAAUGACUGCGUGAACCCGUUUGUCCAAAGGAAAAUAGCUUGAGCUGAUCACCUGAUUGUUUGUUGGAGCGGAUCACUGACAACUGCAGUACACGGAUUCAACAGAGAAUUUCUAACAUUGGAAAGUUAAAUGAAAAAGGGAUUUUUUUUUCUAUUCUAGCGAAUCAAACACCGCUACAGUAUAUAAAGGAUUGUGAUUUUUGUGCUGUGUCGAUGGAACAUAACCUCAUCGUACGUUUAUUUAGAGAAACCAGUGUUGAUUAAUGAGGAGCUAAAUACUGGAGUAAUCCAACUACGGUUUUGUUUGCGGAAUGAGAAGGAGCAUAUCUAAGAUGUGUUACUGCAAUAUUAGGCAUCAGUAUGCCUGUUUGAAACCAGAUACUCGCUAACUGCAUCUUCAGAAGAAAGCAGGGGAUUGUUUUGGCAGCUGCUAUCCUACGAAUUAGAGAUUUCAUGAAUUCUGCAGUCCAGCAGCAUUGCAUGGUACAAUACUGUCUGAAUAAAGAAGUGGAAAACAAUUAGACAGUUACCAUGGACCUAAGGGAUUUUUACCUGUUGGCCGCUGUGGUUGCCUGCUUUUGGCUAGAUCCUGCUAUAGCCCAAGAACUGAUUUACCCGAUUAGAGAGGAAUUGCAAGAAAAUGUGCUUAUUGGAAACAUACCAAAGGAUCUGAAUAUUUCUCAUAUCAAUGCUGCAACUGGAACAAGUGCUAAUCUGGUCUACAGGCUGGUUUCUAAAGUUGGGGAUACACCUUUAGUCAGAGUUUUAAGCAGUACAGGGGAAAUAUUUACAACUUCUAACAGAAUCGACAGGGAAAGACUUUGUCCUGGUCCUUCUUAUGAAGAAAAUGAAUGUUCUUUUGAAAUUGAAGUUGUUAUCCUGCCAAAUGACUAUUUUAGGCUCAUUAAGAUUAAAAUUGUAGUCAAGGACACCAAUGACAAUGCCCCCAUGUUCCCAUUCCCUGUUAUAAACAUUUCUAUUCCAGAGAACACACUGAUAAAUAGCCGUUUCCCAAUUCCAUCAGCCACUGAUCCGGACACUGGAUUCAACAGUGUGCAACACUAUGAACUAGUAAAUGGGCAAAGUGCUUUUGGGUUGGACAUUGUAGAAACACCAGAAGGGGAAAAGUGGCCACAGCUUAUUGUACAGCAAAACUUAGAUAGAGAGCAGAAAGAUACUUAUGUCAUGAAGAUUAAAGUAGAGGAUGGAGGCAUGCCACAAAAGUCCAGCACUGCUAUCCUUCAAGUAACUGUCACUGAUGUAAAUGACAAUAGACCAGUUUUUAAGGAGAGCCAAAUCGAAGUGCACAUACCAGAAAAUGCACCAGUGGGUACCUCUGUUGUUCAGUUACAAGCAACAGAUGCAGAUGUUGGACCCAAUGCUGAUAUCAGAUACAUUUUUGGCACCCAAGUUUCCCUAGCUACUAAAAGACUGUUUUCUUUAAAUGGCACAACAGGCCUUAUAACAGUCCAGAGACCUUUAGACAGGGAGGAAACUGCAAUCCACAAAGUAACAGUACUGGCCAGUGAUGGCAGCUCCAGUCCAGCCAGGGCAACUGUUACUAUUAAUGUCACUGAUGUUAAUGACAAUCCACCAAACAUAGACCUGAGGUAUAUUAUUAGUCCAAUUAAUGGUACAGUUUACUUAUCUGAAAAAGAUCCUCUAAAUACAAAGAUUGCUCUGAUCACAGUUUCUGACAAGGAUACAGAUGUUAAUGGAAAAGUAAUCUGUUUUAUUGAAAAGGAUGUCCCCUUUCACCUAAGGGCAGUCUAUGAUAGCCAAUAUCUGUUGGAGACCUCAUCGCUGCUGGAUUAUGAGGGCACCAAAGAAUACAGCUUUAAAAUUGUAGCUUCAGAUUCCGGUAAACCCACCCUAAAUCAGACUGCUUUAGUCAGAGUGAAGCUGGAAGAUGAAAAUGAUAACCCUCCCAUUUUUAGUCAGCCUGUAAUUGAGUUGUCUGUUAUGGAAAACAAUGUACGUGGUUUGUACCUCACGACUAUUAGUGCCACUGAUGAGGACAGUGGGAAAAAUGCAGAAAUUGUUUACCAGCUUGGACCCAAUGCCUCUUUUUUUGACUUGGAUCGUAAAACUGGAGUUUUAACAGCAUCAAGAGUUUUUGACAGAGAAGAGCAAGAAAGAUUUCUUUUUACAGUCACUGCAAGAGACAAUGGAACUCCUCCACUUCAGAGCCAGGCAGCUGUAAUUGUAACUGUACAGGAUGAAAAUGACAACAGUCCUAAGUUUACUCAUAAUCAUUUUCAGUUUUUUGUAUCAGAGAACUUACCAAAGUACAGUACUGUGGGAGUGAUCACUGUAACAGAUGCUGAUGCAGGGGAGAAUGCUGCUGUGACUCUUUCCAUUCUAAAUGAUAAUGAAAACUUCAUAUUAGAUCCUUAUACUGGAGUUAUUAAGUCCAAUGUUUCAUUUGACAGAGAGCAGCAAAGCUCAUACACAUUUGAUGUCAGAGCUGUGGAUGGAGGUCAACCCCCUUGUUCAUCUGCUGCUAAAGUAACUAUAAAUGUUAUAGAUGUCAAUGACAAUACACCUGUUGUCAUUUAUCCACCAUCAAAUACGUCAUUUAAGUUGGUACCUCUCUCUGCUAUUCCUGGAUCAGUGGUGGCAGAGGUUUUUGCUGUGGAUGUUGACACCGGAAUGAAUGCUGAACUUAAAUAUACUAUUAUAAGUGGCAAUAACAAGGGCUUGUUUAGAAUUGAUCCUGUCACUGGUAAUAUCACCCUUGAAGAAAAGCCAGCUGUGGCUGAUAUUGGUCUUCAUCGACUAGUGGUCAACAUUAGUGAUCUGGGUUACCCAAAAUCUUUGCAUACCCUUGUUCUUCUGUUUCUCUACGUGAAUGACACUGUUGGCAAUACCACCUAUAUUUAUGACCUGAUACGCAAAACCAUGGAAACUCCUUUGGAUAAAAAUAUAGGUGACAGCAAUGAGACUUAUCAAAAUGGGGACUAUCUGACAAUUAUGAUUGCUAUAGUGGCAGGUGCUAUGGUUGUUAUAGUUGUCAUAUUUGUCACAGUGUUGGUGCGCUGCCGUCAUGCCUCAAGGUUCAAAGCAGCUCAGAGAAAUAAGCAAGGCGCUGAGUGGAUGUCCCCUAACCAGGAGAAUAAACAGAACAAGAAAAGGAAACGAAAGAAAAGGAAAUCGCCCAAGAAUUCUUUGUUGAAUUUUGUCACCAUCGAGGAAACCAAACCUGAUGACCCUGUACAUGAACCAAUAAAUGGUACAAUAAGCCUUCCAGCUGAACUGGAAGAGCAGGGUAUAGGACGGUUUGACUGGAGUGCUGCACCAACAACAACCUUUAAACCUAAUAGCCCUGACCUAGCUAGGCAUUAUAAGUCUGCCUCACCACAGUCUGCUUUUCAUCUGAAAGCAGACACUCCAGUGUCAGUGAAAAAACACCAUGUGAUUCAGGAGCUCCCUUUGGACAACACCUUUGUUGGGGGUUGUGACACCCUUUCGAAGCGAUCCUCCACUAGUUCAGACCACUUCAGUGCCUCAGAGUGCAGUUCCCAAGGAGGUUUCAAGACAAAGGGCCCAUUGCACACCAGACAGGGAACAUUAACCCGAGCACGAACUGAACUGAAUCCUGAAUAUCUGGACCUUCGAUCCCGGGCUGAACUGAAUCCUGAAUACUGGACCCCAUGCACACCCUUAUCACAGCGGCGUGUAACAUUUCACCUCCCUGAUGGCUCCCAGGAAAGCUGCAGUGACAGUGGUCUAGGAGACCAUGAGCCUGUGGGCAGUGGAACGCUCAUCUCACACCCUCUCCCUCUGGUUCAGCCGCAGGACGAAUUCUAUGAGCCAGCCUCACCUGACAAGAGGACUGAAGCUGAUGGAAACUCUGACCCCAACUCUGAUGGCCCUCUUGGUCCCAGAGGACUAGCUGAAGCUACAGAGAUGUGUACCCAGGAAUGCCUAGUGUUAGGCCACUCUGAUAACUGCUGGAUGCCUCCAGGUCUUGGAUCUUACCAGCAACCUAAGUCCCCCCUGUCUACUUUUGCCAAUCAAAAAGAAUGGGCCAAAGACAAACUAGUGAAUGGACAUACAUUGACAAGAUCCUGGAAAGAAGAUGGUAACCGAAAUCAGUUUGGGGACAGAAAGCAGUAUGGGAGUGCAGAAGGUCAUUUUAAAAAUGGGAAUCACAUGGCAGACAUACAAUUGGCUAACUUGAAGUCUUACAAACAAGCUUCAGGCACUGAUAGUCCAAUGGAACACCAACUAUAAAAACAACUUAGGUGACCAGAGGGUCAAUCAGUUGUCUUUGCAGCUUUUGAAUUAGACUUGUGCUACAGCUGUGUAAUAGUUAUAUGUACCAAGUAGGCCUCUAGACUUGUGCUUAAGCAGCAAGUAUACUGUAUACAAUUCUACUUUAUGAUGACACCUCAGAAGGUGUUUUGCAAAAUCGAUGACACCAGAUUAUUAACCAUUGUGAAGCGCCUGGGACUACUGGGACUAAAAUGGGACUAAAACUCAUUUGGAUUUACCUCCCAUGUACUUUGCCUUUAAUGAAAUGAAGGGAUUUCUGUGAAAAAAAUGGAAAAAAAAACUUUUUUGAAAUGAAUUAAUGGCUGACCAGUAUAUACAAGUAUUGUGACGUGGUUAUUAUUGAGCUGUUUUGGGACUAUAUUACUCGACACCAUCAAAGAAAAAGAAAAAUAUAAUGAAAGCAUUGUGCUAUUAACACUGUUAGUUGACACUUGUUAAGUCUGUCAUUGUUAAAGUGUUUGUAAAUAACAAAAAAUACUAACCAAUUUUGUGUACCUGUAAUAAUCACUUAACAGAAUAAGACAAUGUUUCAUGGUUGCUUUUCCCUUUUUAAGAGUUUAGUUUGCUUCCUGAUAGUAUUUCAUUUCUGUAAUAAAUUUAGUCAAGAGGGUUCACAUUUCUAAUCUUGAACAAAAACCAUACACUCAUAAAAUCCCUGUGCAGAAUGUUAACAAAUUAGUUAAUGUUGAACCUGCACAAUAUUACACAAAUCUCUGCUUUAAACCAAUUUAGUAGCACUCUAGAUACAAAUUUUAUAUAUAUUUAUAUAAUUGACAAUAAUUGUUCUAUUUGUUUCUUUGAAUUUCAAAUACAGUUGUUCUUGUGGAAGAAAAAAACAUAAAGUCUCUUACUGUGAUAUCUUUGCUUUCCUUGACAACAUUUAUUUUCAUAUUUAAUUUUAUUAUAAUACAAAUAAUUAUGUACUGUAUGUCCCAGUUCUGGUUGUUGUGUUUAAACAUUUUAAUUCAACCAUUGUUAAAACCUAUAUAUUGAUAUUUCAGUACAAUAAUUGUUUGAGUGUAAUCAUGAUGACUUCAUGUGUUAUGCCUUAAUGGCUUAUUACCAUGCAUUAGGCUGAUAAAAAUGAUUAGGAAAUGGGCAAAUGCCAAGCUAACAAUUGUUUAAUAUCUUAAGCAUAGGGUGCUUGGCAGAUAUCAGGAUUGUAUUUCUCUGCUGAUGGAAGUAAAACAAUGUAAUUAAUUUAAAAGACACAACAUAAUUACUUAAGAAGCACGUGCAGAAGAACCCACGUAUUUUAAAAUAUUUUGUUAAGGCAUGACAGCCAGUUUAAGCAAUGGAAAGCAUGCAAAUAUAGCUUUAAAAUUAAAUUUAUUUUGUGCCAUAUUUAAAUAACACUGGUUUAUUUGAAGAUUGAUUUGUGCAUUAAUUAAACAUCCAUUCUGUAUAGCACUGUUAUAUUUUAUGUCACAGUAUAAAAACCAUGUGGGAUGGGAAUUGCUUAUUGCAGUAUGUCUGUCAGUUGUGGGGGUGUUUGACAUCAUAGAUAUUCAAACAGUUAAUCCUUGUUACUGCUAUACAGGUAUCCAGCUAUUGCAAUAA